AUGGUUGUCGAUACGGUCUACUACGAUGCGCUGGGCGUCCAGCCCACCGCGACCGAACUCGAGAUCAAGAAGGCCUACCGCAAGAUGGCCAUUCUCCACCACCCGGGCCCGCAUCCAGACAAGAACCCUAACGACCCUACCGCGCACGAAAAGUUUCAGUCUAUCGGUGAGGCGUACCAGGUCCUUUCCGACAAGGACCUCCGCGCCGCAUACGAUAAGUUUGGUAAAGACCAUGCCAAGCCGCAAGAAGGGUUUGCCGACCCGGCCGAGUUCUUCUCAUCCAUUUUCGGCGGCGAGGCCUUCGUCGACUGGAUCGGUGAGAUCAGUCUCAUGAAGGACCUGACCGCCACCAUGGACAUCACCAUGCAAGAGGAACAGGCUGCAGCAGAAGCGGCUGCAGCGGAGCAAGCCGCCGCCGAGGGCACCGGCAAGGAUGAAGCCGACUUCCCCGGCACUGCAGAAGCCGUGAAGGAAUCUCUCAAGGACCAAACACCUGCCGCCGCCCCUGCCGCCUCCACCACUGUGCCUCCCCCUACUGUUGUUGUUGAUGAAGAAAAGACCCCCGCACAUGCCGCUCCUGGUGCAACCCCGGGUGCCGCCCCUGGGCCCGCCCCGAGCCCUCCUCGAUCCGAAGCCACAUCGCCGGCUCCCUCGAGCAGCUCUUACGGUCGCACACAAAUUCCUCUGCGUCCUGCGCUGGCCGACAAAGCUCACGACGAUAACGACGCCCCCGCUUCCCUCUCCGCCGAGGAUGCCAAGAAGGAUAAGAAGAAGUCAGGUCUAUCCAAGGAGCAGCGUGAGCAACUGGCCGCAUUCGAAAAGGAGCGAGCCCGUGUCCGCCAGGAGCGUGUUGACAACCUUGUGGCGAAGCUGCAAGACCGCGUCAGUGUGUGGACGGAGACGGACAAGGGUGAGGAUGUGACCAGAGCCUUCCAAGAAAAGAUGCGCCUCGAAGUGGAAAACCUCAAGAUGGAGUCGUUUGGUAUCGAUAUUCUGCAUGCAAUCGGCCAGACAUAUGUCUCCAAGGCUUCCAGCCUACUACGCAGCCAAAAGUUCCUCGGCUUUGGCGGCUUCUUCAGCCGCCUCCGCGACAAGGGCACGCUGGUCAAGGAGACCUGGAGCACCAUCAGCAGCGCCAUCGAUGCGCAACAAACCAUGGAGGACAUGGCUCGCAUGGAAGAGAAGGGUGGCGAAGACUGGACCGACGAGAAGCGCAGCGAGUACGAGCGUCGCGUGACAGGCAAGAUUCUUGCCGCCGCCUGGCGUGGCAGCAAGUGGGAGAUCCAGAGCGUCCUGCGCGAGGUCUGCGAUAGUCUCUUGAACGAUAAGAAGGUUCCUCUGUCCAAGCGCCUGGAGCGUGCCCAAGCUCUGGUUCUCAUUGGCGACAUCUUCAACAGGGCUCAACGCUCCCCCGAGGAAGAAGGCGACUACCUCGUUUUCGAGCAGCUCGUGGCCGAGGCUGCUAAGAAGAAGGAAGACGAACAUAAACACAAGAAGGAUAAGAAGACCAAGGAUAAGUCUGCCGCUGCUGCUGCGGACGUCCCUAAUGUCCCCAAGGCAUAG